GUGACGUUAACCAAUGGCGCACAUGGCUUAUAUGGUGCGAAGGCACUUGCCUCAAUCCGUCAGGAUUCAUUCCAAGGAGGACCUGGGAAUCUCAGAGACAAAAUGAAUAUGUACAUGGUGCCUAACCCUGGUAUGCCAGGCUGUCCGCCAGGGUUGGAAUACCUGACACAGGUCGACCAAUUGCUGAUCAAGCAGAAGGUUGAGCUCAUUGAAGCUCUUGUUGGUUUUGAAAGCAAUAACAAGUAUGAGAUUCGGAACUCCAUGGGUCAGAAUGUUUUCUACGCAGUGGAGGAAAAUGAUUGUCUAAGUCGCCAAUGUUGUGGUCCUAUGCGCUCAUUCACAAUCCGAGUUGUGGACAACUACGGCCAGGAGAUCAUCACAGUCUCCAGACCUCUGAAGUGUAUGUCUUGCUUCUUCCCCUGUUGUCUGCAGGAGCUUGAGAUUCAAGCUCCACCAGGAAAUACUGUAGGCUAUGUGAUCCAGCAGUGGCAUCCGUUUAUCCCCAAGUUCACCAUUGAGGACGAAAACCAUCAGCCUGUUCUGAAACUUCAGGGGCCUUUUUGUGGAUGGAGCUGCUUGCCUGAUGUGGAUUUUGAGAUUCUGACCAUGGAUGAGACCAAAAUUGGGAAGAUAAGUAAACAGUGGACAGGACUACUUCGAGAGGCGUUCACAGACUCAGACAACUUUGGGAUCCAGUUUCCCUUGGACCUGGAUGUCAGGAUGAAGGCUGUCAUGAUAGGAGCCUGCUUCCUCAUAGACUUCAUGUUUUUUGAAACCACCAAUAACUAAGGCAAAAUGACCAUGGCGGCUCACACUUCUGUGGAUGGUUUCCAUGAAGAGUCAGACGCAGCACGACAGUGCCCUGAAGCUGAAUCCGAUGAGGUGAAAAACUGGGAGCGUCCGGAGAGAGGAGUUAGGGAAAAAAGGGAGAGUUUGGGAAUGUAGUGCAUAGCUUGUCUGUGUUAGAGAGCAUUCUUUGGAAGGGAGCAGGAGGUGUUUCACCUUUGGAUCAGCUCUUUGAAGCAAAAGUAGAUUGCUAAGAGCCCUUCUUGUGUCUGUGCCAUGUAUACUGUGUGUGUCACUUCAGACGACAUCAACAUUUUUUGAUGAAAGGAAUGUUGCACAUAACAUAUCUGAACAUAUCUGAGUUAUGAUACUGGGUACUUACAAUAACAUGACAAGAAGUUUUGCAAGAACAUAAUUGUGACCAAACAAGUCAUCCUAUUCUGCUCAACUUUAGCACAUAGAUGGGCUAAGUUACAUGCCUUUAAGAGGAAGUCAGUCAUUUAAAUGCAGAGAUUAUAUUCAUAGGUUUUGAUAUUAAUAUUUCACGUUUUUGUCUUUUGACCUUUUUUUUUAAAAACAUUUUUAACAUGAAUAAUGUUUAUUUAUUUUAAUUACUGUGUGUUCUAAAUGUGUGUUAUAGGUCAAGGUUUAGUUUUAGGAUCUAGCUCUGAAACUACCAAGCUGUACAAAUGGACUCUUAAGCCAGACUAGAAUAACAACAUCUGCCAUUAUUUUGUUACCAUAUUCCUUUCACACUUGAGUGUAAUUCAUAAACAUUGGUUUUUUUAGUCAUUUUAAAAAUACAAAUGUUGUUCACAAUGAGAUGUGUGAUGUUUGCAAACAGUGUUAGCAUGGUGAAUUGUUUUGUGACCAAGGGAUAAAUGUAAGUGAAUAAGCAAUGCAAGAAUUCAUGUGACAAUGGUAAUAUGCUUUAUAUAUUAUGGAACAUCUGUUUAUGACAUUACAUCCCUAAUUACAGCAUGUCAAAAAUAAAUGUCAGCCACUUUUUCUUGGUAUUUUUUUUCACAUGAACAAAUUCACUUUCAGUUCACAUAUAACUGCAGCUCAAAGCAAACAAAACUCAAACUGAAAUGUAGGAUAACUAUUUACAUUAUGACUCAGGUGAGCUUCUGUUGUCAUGGAAUUGACACUUGUGGAUGUUAUGAAUGUAGCUCCAAUGUGCACUGAAUGUUUUGUUAUUAAAAUAUAUGUAUAUUUUCACUC